UAUAUAUAUAUAUAUAUAUAUAUAAUAACGAUUAAAUAUUUGACACUGAUUUGACGUAUACACAUCUGCUCAUUUCUGUGACUUCUCUGUAUCGCUUCACUGUUGUUAGGAAGAAUACGAUUUACACCCAACUAUGGCAGAAUUUGACAAGAAGCAAAUUUUCACUACACUCAGCUUAGUGCUACUUGUAUGCCUCACUGCCACAGCAAUCGGUGAAGAUCGUACUCUGUCGUCUCAAUACAAACCGGGUACUUUGAAAGCAGCUCAUGCGUUCUACUUUCUUGCAUUAUUUGCCUUCAUAGCUGCACUUAUACUACACUUAUUAUAUGUUUUAAAAUUCGAAAUGCAGAUAUUCAAGUAUAUUUAUCUUGGAUUAAUUGUGACUGGACUAUUUUGUGCAAUACUCAGUGUUAUUCUGUACUAUCAAGCAUUCUCCAAAUAUCGUACAGCUAAACCGGAGUCGAAUUCAUGGCUGAUUGCAGCUAUAAUGGCCUCCUUCCAGUUGAGUGUGUUCGUAUUUAUGUAUCACUUGAAGUAGACAUACGGCUGAGUGACUGAAUUAUUGACUGAUUGACUGAUGUUACAUUCACUAAGUCACUCACUCGCUCAAUUCAUUCAUUCAUUCAUUCAUUCAUUCGUUCGUUCACUUAUCAAACAAUAUGAACAAAAUCCAUGACAGUGAUAAUAGUCAUAAACACAUCUGAGCAGAAUUCACCUUAUUUUCUUAAUUGUGUCAUUUGUUUAAAUUAACAAGACAGUUUUGUUUUUGUUUAUUUUGUUUCGUUUUUUUUGUUUUUUUGACAAAUAUACUUUAAAUGAUUCUCCA